CCCAGGGACCCAGGACCGAAGGGAGGAAGGAGCAGAAGAAGCAGGGAACCUUCCCCGCCCCCCGAGACCAUUUCCUUUCGGGAGUUUGGAUGGCAGCGCCCCGGGCUUGGCAUUAAAAGGGGGAGCAGGCGAAAGGAUCCCCUUGAAGCGAACGAGCGAAGUCAAAGGGAGAGACGCAGCAGCUGAUUUUGCUGGCUGGUUUACCGGAAUGCUGAACAUGGCGAUGAGGACCGCUGGACCCCUCGCCCUCGCCUUGGGUUUAGUCAUCCAUCUCUUCCCUCCGGUCCAACCCGCUGAGCAGGAAUCCUAUCAGUCGCCCCUUCCUGCAGAUAAGCUUUUAAUUCUAACUAUCGCAACCAAGGAAACAGAUGGCUUCCACCGAUUUAUGCAAUCAGCAAAUUACUUCAACUACACAGUAAAGCUACAAUGUUAUAUUUGCUGGAGGACCUGAGGAAUUAUUGAAGAAAUUCCAGCAAGUUAAUCACAAAGUUGUAUUUGCAGCAGAUGGCUUGAUAUGGCCUGAUAAAAAAUUGUCUGACAAAUACCCGAUUGUCCGCAGUGGAAAACGAUUCCUUAAUUCUGGAGGAUUUAUUGGUUAUUUGCCGAAUGUAAAUGAUAUUGUACAACAAUGGGACCUCCAAGAUAGUGAUGAUGAUCAGCUUUUUUAUACAAAAAUUUAUAUUGAUCCACUGAAGAGGGAACGUAUCAAUAUUACCUUGGAUCACAAAUGUAAUAUUUUCCAGACUCUAAAUGGAGCUGUUGAUGAAGUUCUUCUGAAAUUUGAAGAUGGAAGAGCCAGAGCAAGGAAUUCUAUAUAUGAUUCUCUUCCAGUCACUCUUCAUGGAAAUGGCCCAACAAAACUUAAUCUCAAUUACUUUGGAAAUUAUAUACCUAAUGUCUGGAAUCGUGAAACAGGAUGUGGUGUCUGUGACUCAGAUUUAUUAGAAAUAGCUACAUUGUCUGAGGUGCCAGCAGUAACAAUUGGGAUUUUCAUUGAACAACCAACGCCUUUCCUAUCAAAGUGUUUAGACAGAAUAUUGAAUCUGGAAUAUGCAAAAGAAAAACUUAGCAUAUUCAUUCAUAAUAAUGAGGUUUAUCAUGAAAAGGAUAUAAAAUACUUUUGGGAAAAAGCCAAGAAUAUAAUUAAAACUAUAAAAAUUGUUGGACCUGAAGAAAAUCUGAGUCAAGCCAAUGCCAGGAACAUGGGAAUGGAUAUUUGUCGACAGAAUAAAGAAUGUGACUACUAUUUCAGCAUUGAUGCAGAUGUUAUUUUAACAAAUCCAAAUAUUCUGAAGCUUCUAAUAGAACAAAAUAGAAAGAUAAUUGCACCUCUUGUAACACGUCAUGGGAAACUCUGGUCUAACUUUUGGGGUGCAUUAAGUGCUGAUGGGUAUUAUGCACGAUCUGAAGACUACAUAGAUAUUAUCCAAGGAAACAGAAUAGGUGUCUGGAAUAUCCCUUUUGUGGCUAACAUAUACUUGAUCAAAGGACAGACUCUCAGAUCCGAGAUGAAGGAAAUAAAUUAUUUUGGUCGUGAAAACUUGGAUUCUGAUAUGGCUAUGUGCAGGAAUGCCCGGGAAAUGACCAUACAGAGGGAAAAAGACUCCCCUUCUGUGGAGACCUUCCAUAUGCUCAGCCCCCCAAAGGGAAUAUUUAUGUACCUCACUAACAGACAUGAAUUUGGGAGACUUGUAUCAACUGCUAACUACAAUACUUCUCAUUACAACAAUGACCUCUGGCAGAUCUUUGAAAAUCCAAUGGAUUGGAAGGAAAGUUACAUAAAUCCCAACUAUUCAAAAAUCUUUACUGAAAGUAUAGUAGAACAGCCCUGCCCAGAUGUGUUUUGGUUCCCCAUAUUUUCCGAAACAGCCUGCAAUGAAUUAGUAGAGGAAAUGGAACACUUUGGACAGUGGUCUGGUGGAAAACAUCAUGAUAGCCGCAUUUCUGGAGGCUAUGAAAAUGUUCCAACAGAUGACAUUCACAUGAGGCAAAUUGGCCUGGAAAAUGUGUGGUUGCAUUUUAUCAGAGAAUUCAUAGCACCUGUAACCCUAAAAGUAUUUGCUGGCUACUAUACAAAGGGUCAUGCCAUGUUGAAUUUUGUUGUGAAAUAUACUACUGAAAGACAGCGCUCUCUCAGACCUCAUCAUGACUCAUCUACAUUUACCAUCAACAUUGCCCUUAACAAAGUAGGAGAAGAUUUCCAAGGAGGUGGAUGCAAAUUUCUGAGAUACAACUGUUCAAUUGAAUCACCUAGAAAAGGAUGGAGUUUCAUGCAUCCAGGAAGACUUACUCAUUUACAUGAAGGACUUCCAAUUUUGAAAGGAACAAGAUAUAUUGCAGUAUCUUUUAUUGACCCUUAAUUUUAUUUUCCUGGCAUUCAGAGAACAUACAAGAAACUUUUAUUUAUAUUUUUUCUCCCAGAUGACAGUGACAAAAGAAGCUUCUUCUAGACAGCUGCUUUAUUUUGGGCUAAGGUUUUAAAGGAAAUAAACAGGCAACAAAAACCAAUACUUAUAAACAUCUGCUUUGAAACUUGAAAUGCAAAUAUAAUAAAAUAAAAACAAUUUACUUGUCCUCCUGUUUUAAAGAAGUGGAAAGUCCUUGAUGUGGUCACUCUGUAAAAGUGUUAAUAUGGGUUUUCCAUUUGGUAAUUAUCUAAAUAGUAAGCUGCAUGCCUUGAUUUUUUAAAAGAAAAGAUGGAUAAUUAUUAAUAUUGAUGGAAUCAAAUUCAUUAUAGAUAAAGGCAAAGCAUUGGACCAAAAUUGUGCCUGGUUUAUUCACAGACAUUUUAAAGUGCCUUAAAAGAGAAAAGAAAGUCUUGACUUGAAAGUAUUUUUGCUCUUUGAUUGGCUGAACUUUUCUAAACAAACUUCUUGCACAAAUUCCAGUCUUGACAAUAUAAGCCCUCAUUUUUUUAAACUUUAGAAUACCAAGUAACCUCAGAAAUCAAAUUCUUCACUCUUAAAUUAAAAAAAAUCUACUUGAAUAUUAUAUCAGGACACCAAAAAGCUGAAGUUGUUCUUCAUAAAUAAAUAAAUCAGGUUUUUGACUUGCCUUUAUUUUUUAAGGGAACAGUUUUACAUAUUUCUGCUGUGCUUACUGUUUGUAAUUUAAAAGUUUCACUUGAAAAAAUGAUGAAAUCAAAUCUGAGGUGCUAAAGUGCGUAUAUUUUGAGCUAAAUAAAAAUUUAAAAUAA